CCUCCGCCUCCUGGCUCGCUUUCUCUUCUUUCCCUCUCUGCCGCCGGCGGCGAACCCAACCCAAGCGAUCGUCGCCAAGUAACCAAGCAAGCGGGAGCGCGGCAGCACAAGAAGUCCCAAUCGCUUCGCUCCGCUCCGCUCCGCUCCAGGCCCCAAGGUUGUUGGCCUUCUCCCUCGCCUUCUGCCAUGGACUACACCUCGGAUGGAGAUUCUGAAGUUGAAGCUUGUGGGGAUGGCACUUUUGAGCUUCUGGUGUCAGGAAAUUUAAAAGUGAUGAGUGAUGAAGGCGUUUACCAAUGCCCCUUUCGUUCAGAUGAAGGGAAGGAAUGCAGCCUAGAUGAUCUGUUGCAGCAUGCCUUGGGAGUAGGGGCUGCACGUGACCCGCAGGAGAAAGAGAAGGCAGACUACCGUGCUCUUGCAAAACAUUUGAAGAGUAAGGCAGCUGAAUCAUCAGUUGGCUCAGUGUUGCAGCCAAUGCUUAUGGAUCCACAGGUUCCUCAACAUACCAGAGAUGAGCAGUUUGUCUGGCCCUGGAUGGGCAUCCUAGUCAAUAUGCCAAAUGAAUUCUUUGGCAAAAGUGCGAAUAGGCUGAAGGAGCAUUUCUCAUCUUUCCAUCCAGUUAAGGUCCAUCCGGUCUAUAACAGAGGUAGACCCACGCGUGAUGCUAUUGUUGAGUUUGGGAAGGACUGGAGUGGUUUUAGGAACGCACGGGCCUUUGAGAAUCACUUUACGAUGAAAGGGUACAGCAAAAGAUGCUGGAAGGAAAUGAAGUGCGGAGGUACAGAGCCUAUUGGGUGGAUGGCAAGGGCUGAUGAUUACAAUUCUCUAGGGGCAAUAGGUGAGCUACUGAGAAAAAAUGGUGAUCUUAAAACUCUCAAUGAUAUUGUGAAGGACGGGACAAAUAAAACUGACAAACUGAUGGCUAAUUUGGCUUGUCAAGUUAAAGAAAAGGAGAUGCAUUUAGAGAAACUUGAGUCUGAGUACAACAAGAGAUCUGCAUCACUUGACAUACUGAUGCAGAAGAGGGAACAACUGCUCCAGUCGUAUACUCAAGAAAUCAUGAAGAUGCGGCAGCAUUCUCAACAGAAUACACGAAGAGUUAUUGACGAGAACCGGAAGCUACAGUCAGAUCUCCAGGGAAUGAUGGAUGAGCUUGACACAAGAAACAAACAAAUUGAGGCGUUGUCUGCACAAAGUGAGUGCAACAGUAGGGAGCUUGAGUUAGAGAAGCAAAAGAAUGCGUUGAAAGCCAAUCAUCUUAGGUUGGCCGCAUUGGAGCAGCAGAAAGCUGAUGAAAAUGUUAUGAAGAUUAUGGAAAAACAAAAGAGAGAGAAAGAAGCUGUUAUAGAAAAGCUCACGAUGUUGAGCAUACAGUCAGAAAAGAAGCUCAAUCUUGAGUUAAACAUUAAGCACUUGAUGGGAAAAUUACAAGUGAUGGAGCUGAAGCCAGGAGAUGAAGAUUCUGAAUCCGGCAAGAGGAUAGAUGAACUAAGAGAGGAGCUCAGUGAGAAGAUCACUGAACUGAAUGAUGUGGAAAGCUUUAACCAAACUUUAAUUGCUAAAGAAAGCAAGAACAGUGAUGAGUUGCGAGAAGCUCGAGACGUGCUGAUAGAUGCCCUGCAGGGUUUGUCUGGCGCCACUAGUUCCCAGACGCAGAUAGGCAUCAAGAGAAUUGGUGAGCUUGACUCCAAAGUGUUUCUAAACAUGUGCAAGCGGAAAUUUUCUGCAGAGGAUGCUGAAGUGGAAAGCGCUAUCCUGUGUUCAAAGUGGCAGAAGGAAAUUAGCAAUCCAGAAUGGAAUCCUUUCAAGGCUAUUAUGGUCGAUGGAAAUACGCUGGAAGCAAUCAGGGAGGAUGACAAGAAGCUCCUGGAACUGAAGGAGUGCAGUGAAGAAGCCUAUGCUGCGGUAACGAAGGCACUGAAUGAGCUGAAGGAUGUCAAUGGCAGGAGGAGGGAUCCUUUCCCUGAGCUGUGGAACUACGAGGAGGGGCUUAAAGCACAGACGACUGAAGCAGUUCGGUAUGCUCUGAAGCUGUGGAACGCAAGCAAGGUGAAGGGCAAGAGAAGGCGUUGAGCUCAACGCAGUGGCCUCAUCCUGGUUGAAUCAAUUAAGGCCCUGUUAUGAGACUACUACAGCCCUAUAGACUUGUUGUUCUUAGGCAGAGCUGUCUAUUUUGGAGUGGAGUGCAAUGGUAGUUAACCAGUUAACCUGGUGCCUUUCGCUGGGCCUUUAUAUAUAUGUACUCUGAAACCCAGUCGCAAUUC